AUGAGCAGAAGGAGAUUCAGGCCUUCUCAAGAUGGAGGCACCAGCUCCUAUGGCACAGAGUGCCCCACUCCGAUGGAGAUAGAUCCAGAUCCUGAAAAGCUCACAAAAAGUCACCUACAGCUGGCACUGGAUGCACUGUCACAGAAAUUGAUUACAACUUGGCCGCAUUCAAUGGACUCAUUAAGGAAAGAUGUUCAAGAACUGUGCAAAAGGAUAUCACAUGGUGAAUCUAAAAUGGAGGACUUUGCCUCGGCAUAUAACGAUCUGGCCACACAUGUGGAACAGAUCGAACAAAAGCUCACCGCUACUGAAUUGAAACUAACUAACCUGGAGGAUAGGGCGCGCAGAAAUAAUUUGUGCCUCAGAGGGAUACCAGAAUCAAUACUACCAGAAAACCUACAAACCUAUGUUAGAGGUCUCCUUCAUGCAUAUGUCCCAGAGAUACCAGCGGAUAUGUUACUCAUAGAUAGAGUGCAUCGGCUUCCAAGGCCAAGAUUCUUGCCUGAAACAGCACUCCGAGAUGUCUUGAUGCAUAUUCAUUAA